UUCAGACGUCUCUUUUGCAACAGGAUCUUGCCUGAACGGACUCUUCUUUUUUCAUGGUGUUAAAAUGCUGUUCGGAAGCCUGUCGGUGAUGUAUCUGCUUUUAAAACGUGGUCGCUUCUUCUGGGAUACAGUAACUGAAUCCGGAUCGCACCUGUGUGUCUGUGUCUUUUUCUGGGGGACUGUACAAACCAAGUAUCCUUUACAAAACGUAACCAGGAAAGUGCCUUUCGAUCCAAAGGGUUGCGCCUAUCAAAAUAAACAUAAGGGAAUCCUAAUAAUAGCCUAAUAACACAACAACCUUUUUUUCUCUCUUUGUGGUACGUUUGACGACCACUGACAAUAAGGACAUCAUUUUCUAUCUGACCCAUUUUGUUUGUUUUUUCAAACUUCACAGACACCGGCGUUUUGUUUUGUUGAUGCAGCGUGUAAACCCGGAUCUGAACGUUAUAAACCAAUGCAAAUCUAUAAACUGUCAAACGCUCGGUCUGUACUUUACACAAGCCUGUUUUCUUACUGAGUCUUUGUAAACCCCAGAUAUUUGAAGGCCACUCUUCUGAUUUGCGUUUCAUUAUUGUUUGUAAAACGAUCGUCUUGAUUUUGUUUCCAAAAAAGACUACUUGAUAACUGCAGCAGACAAAAAUGUACCGUUUGGGAAAGACGUCAAAUCUGUUUGGAGACAUUCUCCUGGUUUCUUUAUGGCGCAGGGACUGUCACAACAAACCAAUACUGGACAAUUUGAAGAAAAAGAAACGGGGUCUGUAAUUCGUCAUAAUCAGUUUUUAUGCACGCUUGAAGCAUUGCACGAAACUCGGAGCUGCGCACACCGGCAGCUGUCGCAUUCGCAGCACAGAAAGAAGAAACCCGAACAUUUUUUUUUUUUUUUUUUUUUUUUUUUUUGUAAUCGUUCGCGAUGAUUGUUUUGGGACCGUAAUUCUCCGUAUUGUAAAACCUGGGCCAUCUGAAGCCGAUGUAAAACUGAAGUGUUGUUGGUGGGAUGGUUCUAGAUAGUGGGCGGUCUCAGGUUGGAAACCACUUUCUUAAACUGCUAAAAUAUUUACUACAGUCUACUUACUGGCUCACGUCAGACUACGUUGACCAUUAAAAAAAGAAGCCGUGCAUACUGGCUCCAAUAACACCCAGCUGCGAAAAAAAAAGACUUUUUAGAAAUAUAUAUAUUUUUUCCCCUAAUCUCUAUUACCACAAAUAAUGGCUGAUUCUUCUGAUGCGGACAGACUGGCUAGUGCUUCGGCAAGGGGCGAGCUGAAAGAAGUUGAAACGUUAUUGCAAAACGGGGCAAAUGUUAAUGAAAAGAAUGCGUUUGGCAGGACUGCCUUACAGGUGAUGAAACUUGGCAACCCGUCAAUAGCCGAAGCUCUGCUCAGGGCCAGAGCCAAUCCCAACGAACGAGACCCUCUCUGGGGUCUCACCGUUGCCCAUGACGCAGCCCGGGAUGGGUUCGAGGACACCUUGAGGGUCCUGCUGGACUACGGAGCCGACGUCAACAUCCAGGACAGCGAAGGGAACUUGCCUCUACACUUGGCAGCGAAAGAGGGAAACCUGGACGUCGUGAAAUUUCUAAUGGAGCGGACUGUCGAACCCAGGCGUGCAAACCGCGAAGGGAUGACAGCGCACGGGCUAGCCGCAAUGCAUAACAGACAGUCGACUGCCCAGUGGAUCGAGGGACAUUUAUACGGGCAUGUCCAAAACUGAAGGGAAAAAAAAGCAUAAACAUUUCAGUAUAGUUGUGUGUGUGUUUUUUUUUUUUUUUUUUAAGUCACAAAAAUGCUCCCCUGCGUUUUAUGCCAGAGAAAGCAUUUGAAAAUGUCCCCAGUUAGUAAGCUUCUUCAAAUUCUCGAGGACACAAUAAAUGACAGGCUUCACAAGUAAAUAAAUGCAGAAACUUGUUAGCACGUUGUUACCUCAUAAUACGUUUUAUUAUGGCCCUGCCACACAGUGUUUCAAACCCUGAGUUAUUUUAAAACAAAAAUAAAAUACAAGUUUGCUUUUGGCAAUUUUUUUCUCCCGUUUAUUGAGUAUUUAACAAUAGUCGGUCAGUUGGUCACAUUAGUUAACGGUUUAUUGCAAGAUUAUGUCACAUUUGGCUAUAUUAACAGCAACUGGAAAGUGGAUUUGGCAGCUGUUUUGUAAUAACUGGUCAAAAAAAGAUUACCCUACAGUUAUGGUGUAUUGUGGGAUAAUCCGUAAAUAACAUUUAAAAAACACAAUGCGUCAAUACUUGCUGGUGUUACAUUUAUUGAGAUUACUAAUUAUGUCAAACUGGGUUUUCGUGAUUUUCCUGCGGCAAAAUAAAUGCAGAUAAAUGAGAUCCUUAUUUGAGUAGGCUGGUGUCAAAUAAAUAAACGAAAGUGACUUAAAAUGGCUGGUGUGGCUUGCGUGACAUUGAAUUUGUAAGCGAAGAAAAAUUAUAAUGCUUAACACCGCGUUAAAUUGGACUUGUAUGCCGCUGUUAAUUUCCUAGACAAAACACACGUUUUUUUUUUCUUCUGUGUAAAUGUGAGUUAGACAAAUAGGCCGACCACAGAUAUUCUCAGAUGAGUGAAUAUGAACUAAUGCUGCCCUAUCUUCGAUUCCUGUUAUGACUCGUGCCAUUUAAAAAAUGUUUUGAUUUAAUCAGAACGAUGUUUGAAGUGUUCUAUAUGCCAGCUUAAAAAGUAUAAGAUUAAUAACA